UUUUUACGCUGCCAUUUUGUCAGGGCAGAGCAGCCAGCAAGCAGCCAGUCAGUCCGUAAAGAGAAACCACUGGCGAGACUUUUCAGACAGCAGCGCAGGACGGGACUGUCGGUGGUAAAACGAGCCGGUAAUGUGGAGUGGGCAGCGGAAGGACAUAACCAACUGAGCCCGAGGACCGUUAAAGGAAAUAACCGAGCUAAGGGAGCUGUCAUUUUCAACUUAACGGGUCCGCCGGCUCGGCUCUUUAUUCAGAGACUACAGCUAACCCCCGCUAGCUACUCGGCUAACACCCACCGCUCCUCGCAUCUUUUCUCACCGGGAGAAACGGCACCUGUCCCCGCUGUCAGUUACAUAGUAUCUUAUGAACUCAAAACAAUGUGCUGCCCAAGUCUGAAUGAUUUAUCACGCCCGAGGGGUGGUUUAACACACACUUUAAAAAGCGACCAGUGAUAGCUAACUAAAGCAGUCAAGCUAACAAGUUGACGUGGAGGAGGAACUCAAGAUUUUUUUUUUUUUUGUUUGGGAUUGUCGAAAUUUUUGUUGAUGUUCUCCAAACUGUGAUUUCAUACGGAUUACUUUUUGUUGUUGCCUCGAGGUGGUCUAUUCAAAAACAAAUCGUUCAGGUUACAAAGCAGCCAGUUAGCGAUGUUUAUUUGUGGCCAGAAAGUAAUUUCCAGUGUUUACAAAUUCCACAGUGGGACUCUUUCCUGGUUCGAGUACUGCAACGGAAACAUUAGCUAACACAGACUAGCUCAGUUUAGUGUCGUCGUGUUGUGUUUACUAGAUAGAUAGAUAGAUAGUCGGAAUAAACUGUUGCCAAACAAUUUAACUAUACUGCAAAUCAGCUGUUGAUUGUGGAUUUCAUUGUUGAGCCAAUCCUGUACCUGCAGGGUUUUUUUUGCCACCAGUGAUCAGUGAUCUGACAUUACUGCAGACUGCACAGGUUUUGUACGCACCUGAAACAAAAAAAAAAAAACAACAGUGGGUGUCUGAUCGCAACCCUUUACCUCCACUUGACAGUGAAGUCACGUUGAGUUGUGUCCCGCAGAGAGUUGAUCCAUUGAUCGGAUCGUUAUUUUGCUAUUUUAGCUGAUUGAGGGGGUGAAAAAAGAAAGCAGAGAGAGAGAGAGAGAAAUAGAAGCGAUGUCGGGCCAAUCUAUCACGGAUCGGAUCGCAGCAGCUCAGCACAGCAUGACCGGGUCGGCUAUCAGCAAGGCUGUGUGCAAAGCCACCACACAUGAAGUCAGCGGACCCAAGAAAAAACACCUUGACUAUCUGAUCCACUGCACCAAUGAGAUGAAUGUGAGCAUUCCCCAGCUGGCGGACACGCUGUUUGAGCGCACGGCCAACUCUAGCUGGGUGGUGGUCUUCAAAGCCCUUAUCACCACCCACCACCUCAUGAUGUACGGCAACGAGCGUUUAAUCCAGUACCUGGCCUCCAGAAACACUCUGUUUAACCUGCACAACUUCCUGGAUAAGGGAGCUCUGCAAGGUUACGACAUGUCAACCUUCAUCCGACGAUACAGCCGUUACCUGAACGAGAAGGCCAUGUCCUACAGACUGGUGGCUGUGGAUUUCACCAAGAUGAAGAGGGGGAUUGACGGUGUGAUGCGUACCAUGAACACAGAGAAGCUGAUCAAGACGCUGCCCAUCAUUCAGAACCAGCUGGAUGCUCUGCUGGAUUUCCAGGCCAACCCUAAUGAGCUGACCAACGGAGUGAUCAACUCUGCCUUCAUGCUGCUCUUCAAAGACUCCAUUAGGCUGUUUGCUGCUUACAAUGAAGGGGUCAUCAACCUAUUGGAGAAAUACUUCGACAUGAAGAAGAACCAGUGCAAAGAUGCUCUGGACAUCUACAAGAAAUUUCUCUACAGGAUGACGAAGCUGUCGGAGUUCCUCAAAGUGGCCGAGCAAGUUGGAAUAGAUCAGGGUGACAUCCCAGAUCUCUCACAGAAAACAAAAGGAUCAUACAUUGCCCCCAGCAGCCUCCUGGAGGCUUUGGAGCAGCACCUGGCCUCUCUGGAGGGCAAAAAGACCAAGGAAUUAAAUGCAGACACCAGAGCGUCCACUCUGUCCAGCGCCGUCUCUUCUCUCUCCAGCACCGGCAUGUCCUUCAGCCGCAUGGACGAGAAGGAGAAGCAGCAGGCCCUGGAGGAGGAACAGGCCAGACUGCAGGCUCUCAAGGACCAGCGCCUGAAGGAGAUGGGCAUGCAGACUCCUCCCUCUGCCUCCCCCAGCAGCCAAUCGAUGGGCAGCGCCAACAACAACCACAUCACACAAACCCCACAGUUGUUCACCUCCAUGCUGUCUGCCAACAGUGUGCCCAAUCUGAACAGUGACCUGUUUGAUCUUCAGCCGGCCUUCAUCCCUGCUGUGCAGAGCACUCCUUCAAUCUCCACCGCCAACAGUGCCUGGGGAGGAAUGGAGAACCAGCCUCUGCAGCAGACCACCGCAGCCAUGACUGUAGAUUUCGAUGCUGUGUUUGGGAAUAAUGCCACGCCCAGUAACAGCGGCCCACAACCUGCAGCCGGUUUUGAUGCUCUAGGAGACCUGUUGAAGCCUACAAUGCCCACACACACUGCACCUCUUCCUCCUCCUCAAAUGGCCAUCCAUCCUGGAGGGAAGCUGCUAGCCAACGACCUCGACUCCUCUCUGGCUAACCUCGUGGGCAAUCUGCAGUUUGGUGGGACCCCAGCCAAGAAGCCAGACAUGCAGUGGAACCAGUCUGGAGAGAAGAAGCUGACGGGAGGCCACAACUGGCAGAAUAAGACCAUGUCAACCACACAGUGGGGCCCGGCGCCCAUGGCCCCGCAGCCCAUGCCUGUACAACACGUGAAUGGAAUGUUCUAUACUAGUUAUGCUCCAGCUCCCAUGGCUUUUCCCAUGACCACACCGCAAGUGCCUGUGUAUGGAAUGGUCCCUCCCCAGAUGGGUCAGAUGGGCGGGGUACCAGUGAUGGCUCCUCAGCCAAUGAUGUACAACCAGCCUGUUCUCAGACCCACUAACCCCUUCGCACCCAUGCCCGGAGCCCAGGUCAGCUAUCCUGUACUUGUGCAUUCAUACACACAAAACGACACCUUUGCAACUGAAAAGAUGCAGUUUAUGUAAUCCAGUCGGGGGGGAAGCAGAGUGCCAAAAGCGACAAACAGCAGAAGAAAACACACAAGAGGAACGAUCAGAUGGACGGAGGAAUGAUUUGAUAAGGCUAAAACGACUAAGAGACAGACAGACCACAAGAUAACCCACCGACACCAAAAACAUGUUGGAAAGAGGAGGAGAAGAUGAGCACACAGAGGAUGGAGGGAUGUGGUGGGGAAGAUGUCAUCCUGGCUGGUUGUUGUCUGAAACAACUUUGUGUGUGUGUGUGUGUGUGUGUGUGUGUGUGUGUGUGUGUGUGUGUGUGUGUGUGUGUGUGUGUGUGUGUGUGUGUGUGUGUGUGUGUGUGUGUGUGUGUGUGUGUGUGUGUGUGUCUUCAUUCUGUUCUACUGACUAAUUUGUGUUUUAAAUCAUAUCGAUGGAGGGAUGCGUCAGGAGAGGGAAUAAGGAUAAGAGAGAAAGAUGUGAAGAAAGAUGGAGGAGGAGAGAAGAGGGGAUUAAGGAAAUCCUACCUCUGGUUUUCAGUCAGACCGGAACCCGUCUGACUGCCGUGAGAGUCUCUGCUGUAGAAUUAGCUUUAUUUCAAUACUGGUGCUAUUUUGUCCUCUCUUGGUUACUGUCCACCUGCAACGGCAACUUGGGAGCACUUAGGAGGGGACAAGUGUUUGUUUAGUGUGUGUGUGUGUGUGUGUGUGUGAGAAAGUAUGUGUACUUGUACAGCAGUUGUUUCAGACAAUACCUUUGCAAUGAUCCCCUCUCCAUCCUCUUUGUUGGCUGUCUGUGUCCAACUGUCCAAUAAGCGAGAGAUUUAGAGGCAAAUAUUCUCAAGUGUUUCCCGUAAUUUUUCGCUCUGUUGGGGAUAUCUUUGUAUUUUUCAGUCUGUUUUCUUCUGCAGUCUCUCCUGAAUGUUAUCGGGGCUUGUACAGCAAUUUGUUGAACCAUUUGUUUAUAGUAGUUGAGCGUUUUUAAGCUUAAGUCUUGGUUACUCAUACUGCAUUGUUUUCUUCUCCCAGAGCUACAGAUACACACAGAGAGACGGGGAUUAGCGGUGGCGGUGGCAUGCUAGCAAGGUAUAUAGUCGUCUUAAUUGUCUAUGAACCAAAAAUAUAAAAGCCUGUUCACACCUAGCUAGCUGGUGUGUUCUGGCAGUUACAUAUUUGUUAGCUUGGUUGCUAACGGGACAAUACGUUCACACAGUUUAAAAGAUGUAUUUUGGUCUACAAACUAUUACUCUAUCCAUCAGAGGAGAUUAAAUAAAACUGGAUGGUGCAUCACAGCUAAUAAGCGACGACAUCUUCCUCCAUUUUGGACUCUCCGUUCCCCAAAUGUGAGCGCUGUCGAAACAGCUUGAUUUUGGUCAACGUUUUAAAGUGCUGGUGUGACCAAACAUAUUUUAUUUGUUUAUCUUGACACAUAUAUUUCUGCCAUUACUUUCAGUAGCGGGUCAAAUGGAAGCAAUUAGUAUUUGUGUUAUGCUAAAGCAACUGCAGAGUGUUUAUUAGCAUCAUUAGCUGCCUGUUAGCACCUGAUUGACCUGUGUGUAUCUGUUCUUCUUGUCCUCAUUAGCUCACCAACCAGAUUCAGAUUUGAAAAGGUUUUUAAAAAAUAAGAGCUUUUUCAUUAGGUACACCCCUGGCAGAACCACAUUGUGUGCCAAUUAUUGAUUGACUACAGCACUGAGUGAGUGAAUAAAUGUUACUGAAUUUAGUUGCACCGAGAGCCAAAACAACACUGAACUUUUGACAUCACCCUCGCUCUGUGGUUCCAGGAAAUUUUGGGGAUACAAAUUGACUCAUGUAAUAGGUCGUGGCCAAUCCAAAGCAUUCGUCACCAUGAGUUUGACUGUGGGUAUAUGUGUGCAUAAUGCAUUUUUUGUGUGUGUUCACGUGUGUUCUUACACAUUUUAUGUGUAUGUUUUCCAUUGAGGGCUAUUUCUGAGGGUCUAAUUGUGUCAAAUUUCGAGCCGAUUUUGAGCCAGCGAGAUUGACACAACGUGUGAUUUGUUUUCUUUUUGUAAAAUCAAAAUUUUGUUGCAAAAUGCACAUGCAAACAUUUUGCACUGAAGUGACUAUCCUGCCGUAAGAAGAGCUGUUGCCAGUUCUCCUGGUGUGAAAGAGUUGAGACAGAGAUUUGAAGUUUGUAGACAUUGUGUGAGGUUUUACAAUUAGAAGUUUGUUCUAAUCGACCUGCCACUUUGGCAGGUAACUAAAAAUUGUUUUCUGCCAUUCUAACAAUGAACUUGAACAUUUUUGUAGUCCCAUCCCCAUCCCAGUCCAAUGUCUACAUCCCAGUGAUAGUUCACAUAAAAUCUGUAGAAUCUCGUUUCAGUCUCUCAACUCUGUCUAGUUGGUCUAUCUCUAGAAUGCUUUUUUUCGCCUGCUUCGUCACUGUUUGGUAUGUGUAGAUAUGUAUAAAAAAAUAGUAAUAAUCAGUUUCUGUCUAGAUUGUCUGCUCCCACCUAUCACUGUCGCUGUUGGAUAGAUAUUGCUCUUAGUCGCUUCUUGUCACAGUCUUGUGUUAGCUUAGCCUCUCUUCAUAGUAUCCUUACAGAAGACCGCCUGCAGUAGGUUUCCCACCUUGUCCUCACCGCUGCCAGUGUCUAGUAACUAUAGCUCUAUUAUCUCUCUUGGUGUCUCUGUCUUUUAGCUGUAGACGAAACCUUUCGGAGGCUCUCAGGCUUUGUGGUGCGCUUUUGAGUGCACUCCUUUCUUCUCGCUGUUAGCAUCGCGCCAGUUUCUGGUUAGAUAAAGUCCUCGUCUUUUUUUUUUUUUCUUUUCUCGACAACAUCUGCCAUCUCUGCCCCUCGUUAUGAUGUCAGCAGCCGACAAACUGUCUCUGAUUUGGACUGUUGAACCCAGACAGCUAAUCAGAUGCUUGGAUAUCCAGGUCUUUUGUGAAAAAUGGGAGACGUUGUUGGCUAUAGGAGAGACCUAGAACUCAAGAAGUCAAGUACAGUAUAUAGUCCAGUCGGGUUUGGAAAUGGGCUUUCGCUAAAUGCUAGUGGAUUUCAGCAGCAGCUUUAAAGUUUGUCUGCUCAACUAGCCACUUGUAAAGUUUAUUUAACAGGAAACAUGUUGCAAGUAGCAAGGGAAUCCAUGCAUUAAUGGGAUAGAUGAAUAACAAUUCAGUUCCAAGCCAUGAUAGUAAGGAAGGUUUUUGUGUCUGGCCAAAACUUCUUCAAAAAACUUGUACAAUAAGUUGCUCUCUGGUGUUUCUGUUGUCCUAAAACUGAACUGUUAUCAACAUGAAUUCCCUCUGACACCCUCGGUGUCUUAAACAGGGACUUCUUCUCCAACAGGGUACCUUUUUUGCUUUUGGCUUCCAACUUGGACUCUCGUUAAACGUUUUUUUCUUAAUGGACGUCUGCGCUUUGGCUCCAAAAAUAAGUUUGAAUCACAGCUCUUUACUUUCUGGGACAGCUGUCUCUUAUCUGGUGGUGAUGAAUUGGUACUUCAGAAAGAGAAGCUGUUACCAGCUGUGGCACUGAUCCAGAAUCAGGUCAUCAUCACCCUGGAUCUUAAAAACAAUGAAUCGUAUCAGGUCUUAAUGCAGUGCUAAUAAUUCCUGAUGUUUUGUAAUUACCUCUAUAGAAUACAAAAUGAGUUGGCUUCGGUGUGAAGGACAGUAAAGUCAGCGCCAGGGUGUUUCGUUUGUUAUUGCCAAUUAACCUGACUUAGGUAAAAUAAACAGAAUGAACGCUGUUUGACCCAGUCUGACUACCUUUUUCAGCUUUUUUCUUUCAAGCUAAAUCUACAUUUUGUGUUCUUCUUGGGCAGUAGCUAUUCUCUCCUUUCCGUUUUCGAAAACUUUAAAUUUCUCUGCAUGGAAUCCUGUCCUGCCUGUUGUGAGGAGAUUGUCUUUGUGUGUCUCAAGUGGUUUUCAAAAUGGUCACAUUUUUGCGGGAUAGAGAGAGCAUAGAGACUACUGUGGUUUUUGAGUCUCAUAAAUGUUACUGGCUCGUCUCCUAAGCGUUGAUGUAACUGUCAGUAAUUAUAACAGCUUUAUCACGUAGGUAAUUUUGUAACGGUAUUUAUCCUGGGAGGGUUUUGGCCGAGCAUGCAGGCUCUUUUUUCGGCAACUCCCUUCCUUAAAUUCAGACAUUUUCUCACAUUUACAGCUGGGAGUUUCCCAGGACAGCCACUGUUUCAGACCAGCCAACCUUGUGGCUUAGUUUCUCUCAACUGUAUAAGCUGCUACCACCUCUCUGCAUUGUUGUAGCAUGAAUAAGUGGAGAAGGAUACACGGAUAAACGUUGAUGUCAUAUUGAAAUGUCUGUUCUCUGCUAAGGCCAAGUGUAUCAAACAUUCAGAGAGCAGACUCCUCUCUGGCAAGCCAUCGCUCUCUCUCUUUAUGGGGUCGGUGAGUGCAUGGUUGUAUCGUUGUCGAUGUUUGUUGUCCUUUUUCCAAAAAAGCAUGAUAUGACCGUGAUGAUGAAGAUAAAUUCUCUCCUCUUGUUGUCCCUGUUUUAAAUCGCCUUGUCAGGCAAGGCGAAGUGGCGAGAUGGAUCACACUUUCUUGACCAAUCAUUUGCCGUCCAUGACAGGGACUGAAUCUCAAAGAUGUUUGUACUGUCGAUAAACGAGCCACUGUAGCAAAAAUGGAGCACCAAACUUUUUUUUGUGAUACCUCUCCCAAAGAUGUCACGUUUGUUACUUGCAGCAGAUAUGUCCUUUGGAUUUUCCACUGUUGUGGCACCAUCUGGGGGUCGCUGUGUGCAUUGCAGCCGUGGCAGCGUAGGAGAAGCAGGAGAAAGUGAAACGAACGAAACAAAGAGAGAGGCUGUUUAACAGAUAAAUUUCCUCAUUUUGUCAGUGAGUGUUGAAUCAAAGAUCUCUUGUGCACGUUCUGUUUUUUCUACAUCAGUGUUUUUUGGUAAGAACCCUCGGAUUGCUGCCUCACUAAUCUGUAUAUAAAGAAAUGCACACAUUCACACUCACAACACAGAGCUCAAACACAUACUCUCAUAAUCUGCAACUGCAUUAUUUUCCAUUCACUCUUUAUUUUUCUGAACGUGAAAGAUAUUAGCGUUAUUACAGCAGUAUAUUGGUAUGAUUACUCCUCAGUGGGGACGGGCUAAACAGAUAGACGAUGCAGAUUUCGAGAGCUGCAGACCUCCCUGUACAUCAGGAUCAGCCAUGAAUUCUCAAUGAUGCCAAAUGUUUUUUUGAGCAGAGUACACCUUUUAAUCUGUCUCUCUCUUCUCUGUCUCCUCCCCCCAUCUCUUUGUACAUUUUUUUCUAUUUAUUUAAAGCAGAAAUAUAUGGAUUGUAUCAAGCAUGGAAAGGCAAACAAAUGUUACAGUUGACAAAAAAAAAAUCACAGGCUUUUAUUUUA